CAAGCGGUCGGACGCAGCAGCCGCGCUCCCUGCACAGUGGAGCGCGGCCCGUGGCGCGCGGGGCGCUUCCCCGAUCGCAGUCAUGGCCGCGGAGGCGGCRCGUUCGAGCAGCCUCGCCUGAGUUCCGGGGGGCUUCGCGCCCCGCAGGGAAACCUCCUGUAACCUCUCCUGCCCAGGCAGGAUCSGAGGCCCCUCCUGUGAUCUUUCUGGGUCUCCCCGAGGUCCGGGUCCCUGAAGUUCUCCCCUCUGCRCCCCCUGCCUCCGCGUAUUAACCCGUCUGUCUUGCUGGGAAUCCAGUGGUCGCUGGCUCAGCACUUGAUUGCUUCUGCCUGAUUCAUACGCAGUGCCAUUGGCUUUUGGUUGCUCUUAGGUCUGACGUGGCCUCUGCUUCAGGUCACGUCUAAAACUCAUCCAUUCCUGGCAUAUAGAAAGGUAUUUGUCUAGGAAUCAGAGGCGUUACUCUUGUUCUGUUACUGCGUGGAUUUGCAUACCUGUUUUAUGGUAUUUUAAUACUGUUGGUUUAAAAGAAAUACCAUUUCCUCUGAGUGCUGUUUUGAAUAUUUUAUGUUUGAAUCUUCAGGCUUCUGAGAGAACUCCGUGGUUUGAAUCUUCAGACUUCUGAGAGAACUCCGAGCCUGAGUUGUGGCUGAUGUAUCCUGUCACCCAGUAGGCUGUCAGAUGAUGCAGACCCCCUUCCUGUGCCUGGAUCUCUUCUGUGCCUCAGACUUUCUCGCUUGGGCUCAAGGCUGCAUGUGAAGUGGGACUUGGGAAAGGAGAGGACAGAACUAGUGGCUGCUGCUGCUGUCUCUGCCCUGCACCUUCCUUCCCUGUGUGCCUCAGUGGCACACCRUUUGAUUGGCCUAUCUGAAAAGGAAGGUGUGAGAAGCAAAGCCCAUGGCCGCAUUCCCCUGCCAAAUAUGUGGCAAAACGUUCCUCACUCUGGAGAAGUUCACUGUUCACAGUUAUUCCCACACCAGGGAGCGCCCAUUCAAGUGUUUGCAGACCGACUGUGGCAAAGCCUUCGUUUCCAGAUAUAAAUUGAUGAGGCAUAUGGCCACUCACUCGCCACAGAAAUCUCACCAGUGCACUCAUUGUGAGAAGACGUUCAACCGGAAAGACCACCUGAAGAACCACCUCCAGACCCACGACCCCAACAAGAUGGCCUAUGUGUGCGAAGAGUGUGGGAAGAAGUACCACACCAUGCUGGGCUACAAGAGGCACAUGGCCCUGCAUUCAGCCAGCAGCGGGGACCUCACCUGUGGGGUCUGCGCUCUGGAGCUGGGGAGCACCGAGGCACUGCUUGACCACCUCAAAGCCCAUGCAGAAGAAAAGCCCCCGCCUGUACCCAAGGAGAAGAAGCACCAGUGCGACCAUUGUGAGAGAUGCUUCUACACCCGGAAGGAUGUGCGACGCCACCUGGUGGUCCACACAGGAUGCAAGGACUUCCUGUGCCAGUUCUGUGCCCAGAGAUUUGGGCGCAAGGAUCACCUCACCCGUCAUACCAAGAAGACACACUCGCAGGAGCUCAUGAGAGAGAGUAUGCAGGCCGGGGGAGACCUUCUGAGCAACUUCCCCACUAUGGAGCCUUCAUUCCAAGUGAAGGCUGCUCCCAUGUCUCCUUUCCCGAUAGGAGUUCCUGCCCAGGAUGGGCUUGUAGGUAGCUUGCCACCUGAGGUUCACAGCCUCACCCUUGGGCCUCCAGAACAGGCCAUCCAGCCUAUGCCACCACCACUGCCAGAGCCCAUUGUCUCUCUGCACCCCAUGGUAGCACCAAGCUCUCCUCCUGAAGUCUUUCAGAUUCCUAAGUUCACCACCAGUGCUACCUCAUACCCUAUACUUCCUAGCCUGCCUUUCAAAGCAGAUGCUAAGGGGUUUUACAACAUCACUUUCUUUGAGGACUUGCCUAUGCAAGAACCUCAGCCACCUCACAGGUUCAACCUUGGUUUUGAGCUGGCUAACGGAGAGCUCCUUCCCGGGGAGCUGGUGGCAGAUGCUGUGAAUCUAACAAUCCCUGCCGCUCUCGACAUAUCCUCCCUGUUGAGUUUCUGGCAGUUUGUUCCUCCUGCUCCCCCAAAUGUCUUUGGAGAUAGCACUAUCACUCUGGGGCCUAUGGAACCUCUGCCCCAUACAUUUGCCUAUCUGGAGCAGCAGCAGCCACCACCGCUGCCGCCGCCACCACCACCCCCACCACCACCACCGCCCCCACCGCCCCCACCACCACCACAGCCACAGCCACCACAGCAGCAGAUACAGGGGCAGCCUCAGAUACAGCUGCCACAGGCGCAGCCGCAGAUACAGCUGCCACAGGGGCAGCCGCAGAUACAGCUGCCACAGGCGCAGCAGCAGAUACAGCUGCCGCAGCUGCAGGAACAGCAGCUGCAGGAAGUGCAGCUCCAGCAGGGGCAGCUGCAGGAGGUGCAGCUGCAUGAGAUACAGCUGCAGGAGGCGCAGCUGCAGGAGAUGCAGAUGCAGGAGGGGGAGAUGCAGGAGGGGGAGAUGCAGGAGGGGGAGAUGCAGGAGGAAGAGCUGCAGGAGGAGCAGCUGGAGGAGGGGCAGCCACCAGAAGCCCCAGUGGCUGUGGGCACCGUGAAUCUGGGCCAGCUCCCCCUGCCCCCGAUUCCCCCUGUCUUUACAAAUGGCACCACCACUGCCAUCCUGCCUCAUUUCCAUCAUGCCUUCAGAUAAAUAGUCUUUAAAAGCAAUUUUUUCUGAUUGUGGAAGAUGUUUUAAGAAGCAUUUUAAACAUCAGUUAUGAUACAAGGAAAGAUGUAGAAAACAGGAAUGGGAGUAUGGCGUAUUCAGUGAUGACUUGUCUUAAGAGAAUUCUCGAAUUGCAUGUAUUGUGCCAAUCUGUUCUGAGUAUUCAUGCUUUGUACCAAAUUUAACGAGUGCGUGUUCUUUAAUCAAACUGCAAAUAUUGUCAUAACCAACAUCGAAAAUGACAGCUGCUAUAUAUAAGUGUUUGUUAUAUUGAGUUUAAUUGUAAGCCAUGAUCAUCAUGUUAACUAAAUAACUUUUUAUGUGGCACUGCCUAGUAUGGAAAGGCUUGGACUUCUCCAAGUUGGGAGAACAACUUUUUUUUUCUUUUUCUUUUUUAAUAAGAAUAUAACCUUUAUAUGUAUGCUAUAUUACAACUAAGCUGUGUAUCUCUCUGUUCAGGGAUUUUUCUACCUUUAGGGUUGAACGUAGUUUAGUUACUAUUACCAUAGCCAACCUGUAGUUUUAGAGAAAGAAAAUCCCUGUAGAACAAUAGGUUCCUCCAUUUUUAAGCAUUUUAAAUGUAGUUUGAAUAUUUUCCAUAUGAUGCUGCAAUGUGAGUUAUCACUUCAUUUAUCUUAAAGACAAAACUGGUUGUCAGUUACAUCUGCCUGAAAAAAAAAAUCACUGUGUAACCAGGUUAAGUGGUAAAAUAAUCCAGGCGUCAGACAAAGACAUUGUGCUGACUAUAAUAUCGAUUAUAUUUUUAACAGGAAUUUAAAAAUAUUACUGGAAUUUAUAUAUUAAACGAGUUUUCUUUGCCUAGCUUAAACUACUAUUCAAGCUGCUUAAGUUCCUAAGUAUUGUUUUUAAUCACCGAUAAGUGCAUUUGUAAUUCAUCAGUUUAAGCCAUUAUUAGCAUUUACUCAAAGAGGAUUACAUUUUACAAUGUAAUUGUACCUGUAAUCUCUGUCUCUGAAAUCUCUUUCUCUUGAGGAUUACAUUUUACAAUGUAACUGUACCUGUAAUCUCUGUCUCUGAAAUCUCUUUCUCUUGAAUAUGGUAUCUUAUGAGUUUUUGACAUGUAAACUGUAACCUUUUAAAAACCUUUGUAUUUUGUUUAGAGGUUUUCUU